CGUCGUCAUUUGCAACCUUCACUGUCGGCGCUGUGGGUGUGGACUCUUUUGACAGACUGGGCAGUGGUGUCUCUACAGAGACUUACGUUAUUAUUUCGAAAUGAGUUUCCACUACGGACAUGGAUACCUAGGAGGACCAAGCACACCUCAUCAGCACCCACCUCCGGGGACUCCAUUCAGGGGUGGAACCCUGCCAGGCGGUCCCUCCACCCCCAAUGGAGGGGUUCCCUAUGAAGGAUCUGGCCCCCCAGGGCAGUAUGGGGACCCUGCCCCUUCAGGGUAUUCUCCUUAUGGGGGUGCAUCUGCUCCUCCAGGCGGUCAGUAUGCUGGAGGGGCCUUGCCAGGGGGGCCCAAUGGGGUGUACGGAACCUCAAGGCAGGGGGGACCACGGGGACCGUAUGGACCAGGCCCUGGAGGUGCCCUCGGGGGCCCGUACGGAAGGGGGCAGGCACCGGAAGGGGCCUAUGGGGGCUAUGGAGGUCAGCCGCAUGGAGGGCCACAUGGACAGCAGGCUCAUGCAAGUAACAUCCCCCCAGGUGUGAACCCAGAGGCCUACCAGUGGUUCCAGACAGUGGAUACAGACCACAGUGGCUCCAUCAACCUGAAGGAACUAAAGCAGGCCCUGGUCAACUCCAACUGGUCAACCUUCAAUGACGAGACCUGUCUCAUGAUGAUCAACAUGUUUGACAAGAGCAGGUUGGGUUGUAUCGAUCUUUUUGGCUUCUCUGCCUUGUGGGUGUUCAUGCAGCAGUGGAGAGCCCUGUUCAAGCAGUACGACCGGGACCGGUCUGGUUGCAUCAGUGGCACUGAACUUCACCAAGCCCUAUCACAGAUGGGCUACAACCUGAGCCCCCAGUUCGCUGAGUCCCUAGCGGGUCAUUCUGGGUCAUGCAGCGGUCACCCUGGCUCAAUGCAGCUGGACCGCUUCAUCCAGGUAUGCACGCAGCUGCAGAGCAUGACGCAGGCUUUCCGCGAGAAGGACACUGCCAUGACAGGAAACAUACGCUUGAACUACGAGGACUUCCUCUCCUGUGCCAUCAACAGGCUCAUGUAAGCUCCGCCCACACUCAUCCAAAGUGCCUCAAACCCCCCAAAGGAUCUUGGUUAAUGUAGUCCCUGAAACAGUUCCUUCAGAAGCUGCAACAGUUCUAUUCUAUUGUAGCCCUUUGCAUUUGUAUUUCUAAUAAUGAUAAAUGUAUUCAUUUAGCAGACACUUUCUACCAAAGAACCUCUUGAUCUGAAGGGAAGUGCUCUGACCACUGAGCAAUACCUAUUAUAUACAGAUAUUAUGUGCUUUAUAUAAAGUAUCGGGAUACAGAGAAAGAGAAGGGUUUAAAUCUUUUAAGGUACAAUUUCCCCCCCUCUUUUCUCCACCAUACUGUAACAGACUUGAGUUUUUAACUGCAGUAAAAAAAAAAAUUUAAGCAUUGCAAAUGUUUGCCACUAUUGCUGAACUUAACGUGUAAAGCUUUCUUUAUACAACAUUUAAAUGUGCAAAGCCUUGACUCUUAAAGGUCCCAUGACAUGCUGUUUUUGGAUGCUUUUAUAUAGGCCUUAGGGGCCCCCUAAUACUGUAUCUGAAGUCUCAUUUCUGAAAUUCAGCAUUGGUGCAGAAUUACAGCCACUGCGAUCAGUCCCACAAUGAGCUUUCCUUAGAACGUGCCAUUUUUGUGUCUGUAGCUUUAAAUGCUAUGAGGCUCCUCCUCAUAGAGGCGGGGCUAACUGCCAUGCUUCAGUCGUUUGCAAGCCAUGAUGUCUCUCGAGAAAAAAACUAUUGCGCUUGCACGGUCAUAGCUCAUUGUCUCAAGCAGAGAAAGGGGAGGUACCCUUUCCCCUUAUGACGAUAUAGGGGACAAUUUCAGGUUGGACAAUUUGAGCUUUCAUUUUCUCAAAGACGGAGAAGAAUAGCCAGGGCUUGGUUUACACUUAUCAAUAUUUCAAGCCACUGGGGGGACCAAAGGCAGGCUAGGGGAACUCAUAUUAAUGUUAAAUAACGUAAAAUAAGUUAAAUGUUCAUGCCAUGGGACCUUUAAUAAGCUGCAAUGGCUUUGGUAGACCCUAUGUGAACUGUUUGUUUUUAAAUAUACAGUCAGUCGUAAUACACUUACCAGCAUGAGCUUGAAUUGUUUUCGAAUGUCAGUGAGACAGCUUUUUUUUUUAUAACUGAGAUUUUAUAACAUACUUUUCCUAUAAUGAAACCUACGUCCCUGCUUCCCAAAAGAACAACAAACUCCGUUUAUAAGUAACUAUUAAAUAUCCUGAUAAUGUGUCCUUCUAACCUGGGGUCCGUUCUUUGUAUGUCGCUUAUUACAUCCAGAUCAAAUGACACAUCCAAGAUGACAUCAUCUUGCUAAUCAUGAUUUGGCUAAUUAGGUUCGAACACCUUUGUUGUUUAUGAUUAGUUUAGCUGGAUUGAGUUAGGUUGUUGUUAGGUUGUUUUAUGACAACAGGUUAUUGUCAUAAAAAUGGACAAGAUAUGGCUGUGACAGACUUCCUGUAUCACCUCUGCUUAUAAAACCGCAAUUAAAUCUUGUUUACAUAAAAGAAGCCUGCUCCCGAGCAGGUUUAAGCUAAACGUCUUGUUGCUAUGACAGCAAGUCCAUAAUGAGCUUCGAAGAACCGAACAAUCCAAGAUAAUGACAAAUCAUCAACAAUCAAAUCCAGCUAACUGAGUUAGCGACGUACGGAGAACGGGCCUCAGACCUUUAGCUAAAUACCUGGAGUUAUUGCCAAAUAUUUACUCUCCAAUUUCCUACAUUGCCUUUUCUCUUCUCUUCCAUUUAUUUGAACUGUCAUUCCACACCCUAGUAUAGUAUAUUAACAUGAUAUUUUAUAUUAUAUUUUUAGGUUUGAGUGCCAAACUAGAAGGUUCAGGACUGAUUAUUACUGUGGGGCCAAUCAUAUUUGUGUUACCUGGGGCCAAUUAUUGUAAUUCUGUAUCCAUUCAGAAGAAAAUAGUUUUUUGUUUACUAUUGCAUUCAGGAAAAGUAAUAAAGUUUUGUACAUUUGG